ACCCAAAGGCCAAACAGUAACAGUGGCAGAAGACGAGAAAAGGGGGUUUUUUUUGUCCGAGGAAGAAAUGGCAGCGGCAAUGUCUUCUCUGACUAGGUCACUCUCCUCUUCGUCUAGUUUCCAGAAAAUGCCUUCACAGGCAUCAUUGCCUCUGUUUCAGUUGCAGAGCUACCUCUGCUGCUUCUAUUCUUCCAAACCUUCUUCUUCUUCUUCUUCUUCUAGAGUGAAAACGGAGAAAGCAGACACUGGAGAGCUGCUGAAUGACAUCGAAGACGCCGUACCUACCUCUGGUAUCAGCAGGCCACUCUCGGAGGUUCUCAAACAGCUCAACAAGAAAGUCCCUGACUCUCUCGUCAGGCUCCGCCAUGACGGUGGCUUCACCGUCAAAUACGUACCCUGGCAUAUUGUCAAUCGGAUUAUGAACCUACAUGCUCCAGAGUGGUCUGGUGAGGUCAGAAGCAUAACGUAUUCUGCUGAUGGAAAAUCUGUAUCUGUUGUCUAUCGUGUUACCAUCUAUGGGACUGAUGCUGAGUCUUUGCAUUUCCAAGAAAACAACCAGAACAGUGAGGUUCAACAAGCCGGUGGGAGAAGAGACUCGUGAGCUUUCCUUAGUGCUUAGUUCGCACCUCUCUAGAUCAGGCACUUUGUUGAUAUGACAUUGUGAAGCACAAUGUUUUUUUUAAUGCUUUUGUUGGGGAGAUAUUGACGGAGGAUGUGUGCAUACACGCACACCCGUAAGUGUAUGUGGCUAGCAUACACUUUUGGAACUCAUCUAAACCUAAAACCUUAAGGCAAUAGGUUAUGGGUGUAUCCAUGUAUAUUAACCACUUGACUUUCUUUUAAUUAAUCGAUGUGAGACUCUAAUCACAUGUGUAUAUCCCAACAGCUUUGAUAUAGUUGGGGAGUAGUUCUUUUUGUUAGCAAAACUAAUAAUACAUUUAGUAAAUUAGCUGUAGUUGUUUUGGGCACUAGGAAAUUUGUCUUGUAAAUGUUGGAGAGUAAUUUGGUGAACUUUAUGGUUUUGUAUGUUUAUGUAAAUAUGGAUAUAUUGUGAUUCCUUGCUCCCCUCGAUGCAAUGCAACCCAACUACCCAAGUACAUUCAUUUGCAAGACGCAAAUUCUAUUAUAUCAGGGGGGUAUUUUUCCUUC